AUGGUGGAAAGGGCUCACUACUUGGUUGCACUCAGCAAGACAUCGCAAAGAUUACACACCGGUAUCCAGCCCGACGCUCAAGACAUGGUGUGCUCAUAUAUACUGAGUGUGGCACUCCAUGGUUCGGGUAGGACUCACUAUGGUUGGGUGCACGCCUCCGAGGCGGUCUUGUGUAUGAGGAAACUGAGCCUGUUCAGACGGGAAUCACACUGUGAUUUCGACAACAUAAACUCUGAAAUAUGCAAGCGAGCAUUUUGGAUGAUAUUUAUUGUAAUGGCCCACGAUAGACUCACAUAUCCAGUGCCGCAUACGGGGAUCAGCUACAAUCCAGCUUGUAUUGACUGGGAUUUCCUUGUUUUACUUGAGGUUGAUGAUCCAUUUCCAGAUAAAAUGGAACUAUGUGAAGAUUCCACAGCCACGCCGCUGCUAGCUGGGUUCAUUGCCUUAAUUAAAAUUUAUCUCUGUGCAGUCGCAUUGGGACCGGACAAAAUACCUGGAAACCCGCGUUAUGGCCAAUUCUCACCACCAUGUCCAGAACAGACGUCCAAUAGCUGUGGUAACAGCGUGCUCACUUUCGGACAAGGCAUGGAUAUCAUACAAGCCUUGCGGAACAUCAGCAGCCAACUACCUGACGAAUUGAGACUUUUCAAUAGAGACGGGCAUGCAAAUCAAUGCACUUGUUCAUUUGCCAUCUCGCGGGCGAACAUAUACAUGACAAGCCUCUUCAUCCAAAGCAUCGUCCUUGCGACAUUGUCAGCCAACAAUACAUUGUUUCAGGAACCAAAUCAACACCACCAUCAAGUGAAGCCCCUGGAUGUAUUUCAGUCUGGAGAAAGCAAAGACGAUAAUUGCCGACUAGGCAACCUUCGUAAGGAAAUUGCUCUGGAAUCAUUCCAUAUAAUCACUGUCACACCCAUCUCCGCUCUCAAAGCAAACGGAACUGCCGCAGUUUCGAAACUUCGAGAAAUUACAGCUAGCUUAUUGAACUGCAAAGUGGAUCGCUCAUAUCGUGAUAAAGAAGGAGAGGAGCAAGUUCAGUCUUGCAUCAAUCGCCUGAUCGCUACUCUAGUUGAGCUCGAUGAUAUAAAGCAGAUACACGAAGAGUAA